AUGGUUUCAUGUUCUAAAGUCUUUUUAUCAAUAGUUGGGAUAUUCCUGUUUACAACAUUAGCUUUCGAAAAAGAUGUCCCAUCUAAUCAACAAAUAUUAAAUGGCGAGACUAUAAUUGAUAAUGGUACGAAUGACUUGAUUGUUGUUAACGCAAGUAUAUCUGAAUUAUUAAAUCAACCAUAUAAUGAAAAAACAGAUUUUUCAUCAAAUUGGCAUGGAUUAAAAGAACAAAAUAAAAAAUCAAUUAAUAAAUCAACUGAAUUUUUAAAAAAUUUUAAAAUUGAAAAAUAUGGAAAUUUAUUAGAAUUAUCUCAUAAUAUAUUAACAUUAAUUUAUGGUGGGAAUUAUUCAGAUGUUAUUCCUUCUGAUAUUAAAUUGGAUUUAGAUAGAGUUUAUCAUGAUUUAGGUGGUGAAUUUGAAAAAAAAUGGAAUGAAGCUAAUGAAGCUAAUAAAGUCGGAUUAUGGAAACAAUUAUUCGGUUAA